CGCUCUAGCCUCUCUGGCGUCUGAUGUCUGUGGCUCGACCUGCGAGUUUUGCAAUUAUUAACAAUUUCAUCAAGGCGGUGCCGAACCGGUCCAGCUUGUGACCAUGUUAAAGCUAAUCCGCCCGCUUUUCCUGCAGAACCGGACCGGGAACACGGCACAGGUUUUUGGGGUUGCAGGGAUCAGCCGGAGAGGCAAAGCAUGGGAUUCUCCCCCCCCUGCUAAGUACGGAGGCCGGCACACGGUCACCAUGAUCCCGGGGGAUGGGAUCGGACCGGAGCUGCUCCGGCACGUCCAGGAAGUGUUCCGGUACUCGUGUGUCCCCGUGGAUUUCGAGGUGGUUCACGUGAACUCGGCCAUGACAGAGGAGGAUGACAUCGACAACGCCAUCACAGCCAUCCGACGCAACAGAGUAGCACUGAAGGGAAACAUCGAAACCAACCACACCAUGCCCCCCUCCCACAAAUCCAGGAACAAUCUCCUCCGCACUAGCCUGGACCUGUACGCCAACGUGAUUCACUGCCAGAGUCUGCCGGGCGUCCAGACCAGACACAGAGACAUCGACAUCAUGAUCAUCCGAGAGAAUACAGAGGGAGAGUACAGCAGCCUGGAGCACGAGAGUGUCCCUGGCGUGGUGGAGAGUCUGAAGAUCAUCACCAAGUCGAACUCUCUGCGCAUCGCGGACUACGCCUUCCGUCUGGCGAGGGAGAAGGGCAGGAAGAGGGUGACCGCCGUGCACAAAGCGAACAUCAUGAAGCUGGGUGAUGGGCUCUUCCUGCAGUGCUGUAAAGAGGUGGCUUCUGGGUAUCCAGACAUCGUCUUUGACAGCAUGAUUGUGGACAACACCACCAUGCAGCUGGUCUCUAAGCCCCAGCAGUUUGAUGUCAUGGUGAUGCCCAAUCUCUAUGGUAACGUGGUCAGCAACGUGUGCGCGGGGCUGGUGGGGGGGCCCGGCCUGGUCCCGGGAGCCAACUUGGGGCGAGACUACGCUGUCUUCGAAACGGCCACCAGGAACACGGGGAAGAGCAUCGCCAACAAGAACACGGCCAACCCCACGGCCAUGCUGCUGGCCAGCUGUAUGAUGCUGGAUCACCUGCAGCUCCACGAUUACGCUGCGUUAAUCCGAAGCGCUAUUCUGAGGACCAUGAACGAGACCCGGAUGCACACCGCUGAUAUCGGGGGGCAGGGCACCACGUCGGAGGUGGUUCAGAGCAUCAUGAGGCUGAUGCAGGGAGCCUCUCUGCGCAGCGCGGCCGCUUUCUGAGUCCCAGCACGGAAGAACGCUGCGCCUGGCAGUGAAAGGGUUAAUCACGAUUACGCUCCGCUCCGGAGUUGUGCCCGACACUCGCGCAGCAGAAGCUACUCCCAGGGACCGUCGUUUUAAAAUGUCCCGGGACAGAGCGACCCAUGUCUGACACGCGUUCUCUCACUUCUGUCGCUGCAUGCUUUGCUGUAAAACGCGUCCAAACGUUUUUGUGUUUGUCUGUUUCGUAAAGUCCUCGCGUGUCAUUCUCCCUUCUAUCCCAUAAUAAACGUCCUUUCCAAAGGCACUCUUUAUCUGCA